AUGAGGAGAGGACUGCUUGUGGGGGACGUGGCAAAAGACCUGGGCUUGGAUGUGAAAAGGCUGGUGUCUGGUCGAGCUCGUCUGGUCAUAGAUGAGGAAAAUCAGUACGUCGCUCUGAACCAGAACAAAGGACACCUCGUUGUGAAUGAAAGGAUCGACCGAGAAAAGCUCUGCGCCAUGAAAUCGCCGUGCAGCUUCGGGUUGGAAAUCGUCAUCGAAGAUCCCCUCGAGCUGUUUUCCGUCACGAUUGAAGUGCAAGACAUAAACGAUCACGCUCCCGACUUUCCCAAAAAGGAAAUUAAUUUAGAAAUCAGCGAAUCGACGCCCGCGGGGGCCGCGUUCCUGCUCGAGAGCGCAACUGAUCCCGACGUGGGAAUAAACUCGCUGCAGAGCUACUCUUUAAAAGAAAACCCGCAUUUUGUACUCAGACAGCAUGCCGGUGCUGAUGGGAGGAAAUACGCGGAAAUGGUGCUUCAGAGCGGGUUGGACCGCGAGAAGCAAAGCGAGCACACGCUGGUUUUAUCAGCAGCAGAUGGGGGAGAACCGCAGAAGUCAGGGACGGUCAAGAUCCACGUGUCUGUUUUAGAUGCGAAUGACAACGCGCCCAUUUUCACACAACUGAUAUAUAAAACAUCUGUUCUGGAAAAUAUGUUGCCAGGCACAGUUAUUAGAGUCAGCGCUAAAGAUGAYGAUCAGGGUUAUAACGGGGAGGUUACUUACUCCUUUACCCAUCUGGAGGAGGGUUCAUCCUGCCCUUUCGAGAUCAACUCACACACCGGAGACAUUAAACUCACGGGUGAGCUUGAUUAUGAGAUUUAUCCGAGUUAUGAAUUAAACCUUCAAGCUAAAGAUCCGUGGGGAUUAUCAGGCGCGAGUAAAUUAUUAGUAGAAGUGGUGGAUGUGAACGAUAACAGCCCCGUGAUCACACUGACGUCAUAUUCAGGCAAGAUUUCAGAAGAUUCACCUCCUGGAACCGUUGUGGCGUUGAUUAGUGUCCAGGAUAAGGACUCGGGGAGGAACGGACAGGUGCGGUUAACACUAGAUGAAAACCUCCCUUUCAGAAUAAAAUCCUCCCUAAGAAAUUAUUAUACAUUAGUCACGGAUCAAAUAAUUGACAGGGAAAAACGAUCCAAAUACAACAUCACCCUCACUGCCACUGAUGAAGGUUAUCCUGUCUUAUCAAGCAGAAAUGAAUUAAGUUUAGAUGUGACUGAUAUUAAUGACAACGCUCCAGAUUUUAGUCAAAAUUAUUACAGCACUCAGGUGAUGGAGAACAACCAUCCAGGCAUUUCUCUGUUGCAGAUCCACGCCACGGAUCCAGAUCAGGGUCCGAAUGCGCGCAUUUCUUUUUUUCUUUCUGACGGUGAAAUUAACGGAAGUCCGGUGUCUGCUUACUUCUCGGUUCAUUCAGAAAGUGGGGUGGUUCAGUCUUUGCGUUCACUUGACUAUGAGCAAAUGAAAGAGUACAAAAUACUAGUCAAAGCUCAGGAUGGAGGCUCUCCUCCACUCAGCAGCAACGUGACUGUUAAAAUCCUGAUCCAGGACCAGAACGAUAACCCCCCUCAGCAUCUCUAUCAUUCUCAUAUUUUGUCCUUAGUAAAAACACAAACCUAA